AUGUCCGCCGGCUGGUUCGUGAUCCUUGUUCGGGGAUACGUCCAUCCCUGUAGGGAUGACUGCGAUGCGAAGAAGUGGAUGCGGUCGAGAAAGAUGGUUGGGAUAACGGAGAUCGCCCACUGGGUACGUGCGAACGAGGAGGGCGAGGUCGAAUGGGAAUUGGUUCUGGCGACGAGCGAGGAGUGGAUGCGGGUAUUCCAUUAG